AUGGUCAGCCCCAUCGUAGGUCUCGUUUCGCUGCUGGCCGCCUUCGGCCUCCAGCCGGCAGCGGCCCAGAACAACCAGCCCAACCUCACCCAGGCACUGCAGUCUGCCAACAGCUCUCUGUCUACACUGACUGGUCUGAUCGCCACGCAAAACGGCACACUCGAGCUGCUUAACAGCCUCACCGAUAUCACCAUCCUGGCGCCGAACAAUGAUGCCCUCAAGACCUUCUUGGGCAACACGUCCGUGAGCCAGAUCAGCCCUCAGCAGAUUGGCGCGAUCCUCUCAUACCACGUGCUCAACGGCACCUACUACUCGGACAAUGUCACCAGCACGCCGUCAUUCCUCCCAACUCUGCUGAACGCCACGGAGUUCACCAAUGUCACGGGCGGACAGGUCGUCGAGGCGAUCAAGACCGACAACAAUGUCACCUUCCUAAGCGGCUUCAGAAAGAAGUCCAACGUGACCCAGGCGAACAUCACUUUCACCGGUGGUGUGAUCCACAUCAUUGACGAGGUCCUCACCAUCCCCCUGAACCUCAGCGCCACGGCCAUCGAGGCCAACCUCACCGCUGCAGCCGGUGCACUGACCGCGGCCAACCUGACCGAGCCGCUCGACACGGCGACCAACAUCACCGUCUUCGCCCCUCUCAACCAGGGCUUUUCGGACAUCGCAAACAUCCUGCAGAACAUCAGCUCCAGCGAUCUCAGCACCGUGCUCGAGUACCACGUCCUCGAGGGUGUGGUGGCCUACAGCACCGACUUCCAGAACGGCACGCUCACCUCUGCGGGUGGUGAGACGCUGAAUGUCACCGUGCUGGGCUCCGACAUUUACAUCGACACCGCCAAGGUCGUCCAGCCCGACGUCCUCAUCGCCAACGGUGUUGUGCACGUCAUUGACCGUGUUCUGAACCCCAACGCCACGUCGGGCAACGACACCACCCCCAACACAUCCACCACCGCGCCCGCCUUCAGCGGCGCGAGCACCCUCUCCAACGGCGCGAUCCCCUUCACGUCCAACGUGCCCGCGCCGACCUCCACGCAGACCAACCUCGGCGGCGUCGCCAGCACCAGCAGCUCGGAGCAGGCUGGCGCUCGCGUCACGGCCAUGGUCGGCAUGGGAGCCCUCUUUGGCGGAGCUGCCAUCCUGGGCGGACUUUAA